AUGGAUUGGUUGAGACCUAAUGGCGCGAUGAUUGACUGCGGGAACCAGUUAGUUCGGGUUCGAACCCCAAGUGGGGUAGAACUAGUUAUUCAUGGAGAGGGUGAUCAGCAUGGAUCGACCCUUUGUUCAGCUGCGAGAGCUAGGAGAUAUCUACAAAAAGGAUGUUCUCGUAUUGUGGCUUAUGUAUUAGAUACCAGAGAGGAGAAGAAGAGGACGAUUGAUGAUGUGCCGAUUGUUCGAGAUUAUGCAUAUGUGUUCCCGGAGGACAUGCCCGGAGUGCCUCUGGAGAGGCAGGUGGAGUUCUGUAUAGAUCUAGUUCCAGGUGCUGCUCCGAUAGCCAAAACACUCUAUCGAUUAGCACCGCCAGAGAUGCAGAAGUUGUCUACACAGUUGCAGGAGAUGUUAGACAUGGGGUUUAUCAGACUAAGUUGUUCGCCGUGGGGAGCGCAGAUUAUGUUUGUAAAGAAGAAAGAUGGCUCCCAUAGGAUGUGCAUUGAUUAUCGGGAACUGAACAAGUUGACGGUGAAGAACCGUUAUCUGCUUCCUAGGAUCGGCAAUUUGUUCGACCAGUUGCAGGGUGCGUCUUGGUUCUCCAAAAUUGAUUUGCGUUCGGGUUAUCAUCAAAUGAGGGUUCGGGAUGAGGAUGUUCAGAAGACGACAUUUAGGACUCGUUAUGGUCAUUACGAGUUUCUGGUGAUGCAUUUUGGGCUCAUCAAUGCACCAACAACAUUCAUGGAUCUCAUGAACCAGGUUUCCAGACCGAUGUUGGAUUGGUCAGUCAUUGUAUUUAUUAAUGAUAUCUUGGUCUAUUCUAAGACCAAGGAGCAGCGUGAGGAUCAUCUGUGA